ACAGCGAGGAGCGCCCGAAGGAGCGAGCUUUUUUACCACAACCAGCUAGGAAGGAAAAGAGACAGAAAACAGAAAAAGUGACAAAACCAAACGGUUUGUAAAAUGUCUAAAGUCCAAAGGCUGAGAGCUUUGGUGGAGGAGCGGCUGACUGCGGCUGCUGAAGACAUAUAUGUGCUGUUUGAAAGAAUCAUAGCCGAGUAUGAGGAGGAACUGUGUCGCUCCAAACAGGAGAACGAGAGGAACCAACGGCUCCUGGACUCGACUCUGAGCCCGAGAGUCGUGCUGACCAGAGCCGGUGUCCACAUGUCCUCUCUGAGUCCUGGUCUCACUCUAAAACAGGAAAUCCCAGAGACUCCACAGAUUAAAGAGGAGCCAGAGGAACAGCACGACAAGCAGGAGGAAGAGGAGCUGCGAGUGUCUGUCCCUGAGGCCAAUGAUGACUGUGUGAAGACAGAAGAGUCCUCACUGCUUCAAAGAAAAGACACUGAUCACAGAGAGGACAUCAGCUCACAGACACAUGUCCACAGAGAGGACAUACAGGGAGAGGACAUCAGCUCACAGACACAUGUCCACCCCGAGACUGAGGGAGACACAGAGCACUCUUCUGACACUGACAAUGAUGAAGACUGGAGUGCUCCAAUCGGCUCUUCAGCUGCACAGAUGGAGACAGAGGCAGAUGGAGACAACUACAACCAAGUCCAGAUCAGAGCCAAAAGCACCACUGCACCAAACUCAAGUCUAUCCCCCAAAUACAAGUCUGCACCAGAGACCAGAGCCACUGUGGACAAUGGGGACGUGUCAGGAACAGCCGAAAGAACUACAGGGAAGAGACACCAGUGCUCUGUUUGUAAAAAGAGAUUUGUCUUAAAUAUCAAUUUAAAAAGACACCUUAGAGUUCACACAGGAGAGAAACCUUACAGCUGUUCUGGCUGUCAGAAAUCAUUUACUCUCAAUAGUGGUCUUACAAGACACAUGAGAACACACACAGGAGAGAAACCUUACAGCUGUUUUCUCUGUGAGAAAGCAUUUAAUAGAAAGACUUCUCUCACAAAACACAAGAGAACACACACAGGAGACAAACCUUACAGCUGUUUAUUCUGUGAGAAAGCAUUCAUUCAAAAGAGUACUCUAACUUACCACAUGAGAACACACACAGGAGACAAACCUUACAGCUGUUUUGUCUGUGGGACAGCAUUUAUUCAAAAGAGUAAUCUUACUUACCACAUGAGAACACACACAGGAGACAAACCUUACAGCUGUUCUGUCUGUGAGAAAGCAUUUAUUCAAAAGAGUGAUCUUACAUGCCACAUAAGAACACACACAGGAGAAAAGCCUUACAGCUGUUCUGUCUGUGAGAAAGCAUUUAUUCAAAAGAGUCAUCUCACACAACACAUGAAAACACACACAGGAGACAAGUCUUACAGCUGUUCUCUCUGUGAGAAAGCAUUUAUUCAAAAGAGUCAUCUCACACAACACAUGAAAACACACACAGGAGAAAAGCCUUAUAGCUGUUCUGCCCAGAGCAUUGAUCUGAAAAGACAUACAAAAAGUCACACAGGAGAGAAAUAGUUUAAAAUAAAGUCUAACAAACUUCAAACAGAGCAGUGCCUACAGUUAGCAUCACACCGCCAAAGAAUGUUGAUGACAUCAGCUGCACAGUAUCAUUUGUACUUAGUUCAGUCGAUGUUUAAACCUGUAUCUGUAUUUAUUAGUCAAGUAACUAUUUGUUUACUUGAGUACAAUUUUUCAGUUCUAUUUCUACCAAUGUAGGGCUGAAGGAUUUAGGGAUUUUUUAUGUUUUAAUAAUAUAAAUCUGUUCAAAGUUCAUAUUUUAAACACAUCCAGAGGAAUUGACAAAAAAGACUGAAAUCUGAACUGACAAACUAAUGCAAGAAUCACAUUUCAGAACAUGUUUGUACAGAACUACAGGAUUAGGAGAUUUGAAGCAGUAUCAAUAUUACAAAAGUCACAUUCAAAGGACAGAAAUGAACCAAACUUUACAAUGAUCCUGAUCUGUAUCUUUCACAAGUAUAAGACACAUAGACUCGUAUACACCCAUGGACCACUAUGAACCUACUGCACACUGAGGGAUUACACACAUAUAACACACAUGGGAAUAUGAAAGAAAGUACUACCAUUUAAUCAGAAUCAUUAUUGAGUAGAGUCUAUUUCUUAAUAUCGAAAUGGAGUUUAAAAGUUUAGUAUCGUGACUUUAAAUUCUCACCAGAACAAUUGGCAUCACACAGCCAUGUCUCAGGUUCAAGAGAAUCACCAACUGCACAGACACAAAAAGACACAACAUUAUUAUUAUAAAUGAAACAGUAAUACCUGUGUUUUCUUGUCACAUGGUGUUACACAGGGGUGGGCCAUACUCACAAAAAAAUCAUAUCUCCAGAGUUAAUUGCAGUAUCUCAAGAACGAUAUUCAGACGGUAAUUUAACAAAGCAUCAGUUUCAAAUGUCUUGGUCGAGGUUCAAGUAUCACACAAAAGAGUUGGAUAGUACUCAGUUACAUUUACAUGAGCAACUUUAAAAAAGAAAAAGUACUUUUCUAGCAGCAUACUGUUACUUGAGUAAUAGUUGUAUUAGAGUAAAAGUUAUGGUUGCUCUUCCCACUGUGAGUAAGUGGAAAAAGUUACUCUUACUUGAGCAGUACUUUCCUCAAAUACUUUUUCUCUCUUACUUCAGUGAUUUCUUGAAACACUACUUUGUACUUCUACUUCAAUAAUAUAAUUUUAACAUCAUCUGCUCUACCCUCCCAAGCCUUAAAUCUCCACUUUAACAAAAGAAAAGCUGUUACUCACCUUGAAACUGGAGCAAACACAGAGCCAAUGUGAAAGUAUUGUAGAGUAAUAAGAACAUGGCUUUGGAGAGUAGAGUCACACAGCUGCAGCUACACACAUGCAAGAGAGGAGAAGCACUCUGGUCUCAGCCUCAAGGACCACACUUGUACCAGAGCUCCAGGAGUGACCUAUGCUCCUCACAGUGACCAAUCAGGACAGAGCUCCAGGAGUGACCUAUGCUCCAAUCAGGACAGAGCUCUGGGGUCAAACAACACUGAGCCAAUCACAAGCUCCAGAAACCUCAGCACAAUCUCUUUACAUAAUAUAAAGUUUAGGUUCAAUAAAGGUUUAAUUCCCUUC